AUGGUAUCUCGAGAUGAGAAUGCUUCAACUGUUGCAUUCACUGUCUCAGAUCCAGAAUCAGAAACACGAGGGCACAAACGAACCUUCUUGUACGUUGGGGUCACUAUUAUGAGGAGUCAAUCAACGGUUCCAGCUAUUUCUACAAUAUUACUAAAUGAUCCUAGAUCUCUUCCUUCCACAGACAGUAUCACUCUUAACGAAGUCUAUGAAGGAAAAUAUAUUAUUAACUACAUUUAUGGUUUCAGUUCUGGAGAUUUUAUUUAUUUUUUGACCACUCAAAUGAAUUCUACACAGCCUUCGAUGUACAUAACAAAAUUAAUUAGAGCCUCUCAAAAAAUUCCAUACGAGCGUUCCUACAUAGAGAUUCCAAUUGAAUGUUUUGAUGAAAAAGAAAGAAAAUAUAACUUAGCCCAAGCUGCAUUCGUCGGAGGGCCAAGUUCUGAAUUGGCACAUCAGCUAGGUAUUACUCCAAAAGACGAUGUAUUGUUUGCGAUUUUUGCUCAAAGCGAAAAGCAAACUGUGGGUUACGAAUCGAGCAAACCAAGUAAUGAAAGUGCAAUGUGCAUAUAUUCGUUGAAAGAAAUAAACGAGCAGUUCCUUAAAAAUAUGCAACGUUGCUUCAAUGGAAUAGGGGACCGAGGACUAGAAUUUAUAAUCUCACCAGAUCAAAAAUGUAAGAAAAACAACGUGUCCAUUGAUUUCGAUCCUUUGAAAGCAAACAUAAAUAUUCCUCUCGAAGGUAGCUCUCCAGUAAAGACACAUGCUUCCAUAACAUUUGAUACGCUUGUGACGGCUGUCCGCGCACAAUCAUUUCCACACGAUUUUACUGCUGUAUUUUUGGGUACAAAUACUGGUCAUUUAAAGCAAAUGGUGGUGGAAAACAAAUCCAAUGUAUAUGAAUGGAAGGAUAUUGCCAUUGAUGAAGGAUUUGCAAUAAACCCAGACUUACAUUUUGACUCGAAAACGGACCAUUUGUACACUAUGACUGAACGAAAACUGACCAAGAUUAAGAUUUCAUUUCCUAUUCCAUCAAUAUCCUCAUUCAAGCCGACACGCGGGCUCUUUGGAGAUAUCAUCAAUAUUACCAUUCAAGGUAAUAAUUUGUUUUGUUCGAGCAACGAUACCCGACAUAGUAUUGCAGUUGCUGGAAUACCAUGUAUCGCCUGUCGAUCUCUAGAUUCGACAAAAAAUGUUUCCUGUGCCCUUAAUAUAAAUUUAUCAGAACGAGAAGAAUACGAAGGUCCAAUUAAAAUUCGAGUGUAUGGCAUUAAAGCUAAAUCCGAAAAGAAUUUUGUCAUUUUUCAUCCAAAAAUUGAGAGCAUUAAUCCAUUAAGAGGCUCUUUCUAUGGAGGUAACAAACUGAUCAUUAAGGGUAAAAACUUUAAAGCUAAGAGUUCUGUAGAUGUUUACAUUGGAAAUGUAUCAUGUUCAGUACUUUAUCACGAUCAAAAUGAAAUAACUUGUAUUACUGGUCCAUCUCAUGUUAUGGAAAGUAAAAUUGCUAUAAAAUUUGAUGAAAAUUUUCGCACAUUCGACUUCAUUUACAAGUAUUUUGACACUGAUCUUGAUGAUAACCAUCGCAAUCUUACACUGAAAGGCAUUCCUGCCGGAGGACUCAAAAUUUCUAUGUACAAUAAUUUGGAGUUGAACAAGACAUCGAUUAAAAAAUUGUUUUUUCAAGUAAACAGCAACAGUCAAACUUACAAUGGUACAGAAUGUGAAGUAGAAAAUUCAACUUUGUUUACCUGUUUAUCGCCUCCUAUUCCAGAAACUGACAGCCAUUCGAAAGAUACGGAAAAUCCUCAAGUAUUCAACUACAGACUUAUGGCAUCACUCAACGGUAUGAAUGCUGGAAAGCCUUUAUUAAUCAAGUCGUCCAAGUUUUUUUUGUACCCAAACCCAGUAUUUGAGCAUUGUUUCGUAACUGAUUUCGCUGAAAACAUUAGUUUUGUUAUUAAAGGACGACAUAUCAAUAAUGUUUACGGAAUAGACGAUUUCAUUGUGAGGUCCUAA